UCCUCUGGAUCCCACCUGUCCUCUACCUGAAAGAAAGUCCUGCCACCAUCAUGGCCUCCAGCAUGUCACUGAGGGGUUACUCUAUGAGCCGUCAGCCCUCUUUUUCCAGCCGUUCUAUGAUGGACACCGGGCGUGCUCGUUCCCGUGCUUCAGUCUCUUUCUCAGCUACCAGCCCGUUGACCCGCUCAGCUUCUAUCAGCCAAGAUCUCAACGGCCCAAUCAGCCUGCAACUUAAUGGACUCCACGGCAACAGCACCAACGACAAGGAAGCAAUGCAGAGUCUCAACAACCGUCUGGCCAACUACCUAGACAAGGUGCGUUCACUGGAGCGAUCCAACGCAGACCUGGAGAUGAAGAUCAAGCAGCUGAUGAUUGACCGCAUUCCCAAAGGUCAUGACCUUGAUGCCAUGAUGGCCCAGGCUCAUGCUGUUGAGCAAGAGGUGAGGAAGAAGACCUUGGAAAAUGCUCGUCUCAUGUUAGAGAUCGAUAAUGCUAAACUGGCUGCUGAUGACUUCAGAAUCAAGUGGGAGACAGAGCUGGUGAUGUGUCAGUCUGUGGAGCGGGACUGUGUUGCAUUGAAGAAGGCCAAGACAGACCACGAGCAGAUCAUUGCCUCUCUGAGGGGAGAUCUGGACAGCCUGAAAGAAGAACUUUACUUCCUCAAGAAAAACCAUGAGGAGGAACUUGAGCAGAUGAAGUCUCGUAUUGCUAGAGACGAGGUGAAUGUGGAGGUGGACUCGGCUAGUGGGCCAGAGCUGGGAUCCAUUCUGUCUGACCUACGCAGCCAGUAUGAGGGCAUUGUCAAGAAGAACAAGGAACAUGCCGAGCAGUGGUAUCACAAGAAGCUGGAGACAGUCCAGAAUGAGGUGAAGGAGAGCAAUGAAGCUCUGCGAGCAGCCCAGAGUGAGCUAACUGAGAGGCAGCGCUUUCUGCAGACCUUGGAGGUGGAGCUGGAGAGUCUGCACAAACAGAUAGCAGCUCUGGAGGGUAACCUGGGUGAGACAGGUCAGAAAUACUCAUCUGAGAUGGAGCGACUGCAGGCCACCCUGAGUCAGCUGGAGGACGACCUUUCCCAACUCAGACUUGACAUGCAGCGGACCAAAACUGACUACGAGCAGCUUCUCCGCAUCAAGCAGAACCUGGAAAUGGAGAUCGCCACCUACAGGCGCCUGCUGGAGGGAGAGGAAACAGUCAAGGAAAUUCCACCUCCACCAAAAAAGGAGCCUGAUGUUCGUACCAGGAAGAUUGUGAAGGUGGUGACUCAGACGAUGAUUAAUGGCAAGGUGGUGGAUGAAUCCAGCGAGGUGGAGCAGAUCGAGGAGACCAAGAAAUAGAAAGAAGGAGGAAAUCUCACUGAUUUGCAAAACAGAGAGCAAGAAAGAGAGAAUAUUAAAUAUGAGCUGUGGAGAUGGAGCAGCAGUGUCAUUCAUUCCUUCAGCAGAAUAGGGCAUUUUUUGGGGUGGGUAUUAUUCGACUAUGAAUGUUUUGUGUUUUCCCCCCAAUUUCUAGUUUGUUUCUGAAGAGAGAACAAUGAACUAACCCAUCUUCAUAGAGUUUAGGUAAUAAUAAGAAGUUGUGUACCUCAGCAAGAUAUUUAUUGCUUAGUGUGGUAAAGUUUACUGUAGCAAAUAUAAUAUAUGCUUUUACUCCUUUUACAAGAAUAUAGUUUAAUCAUCUUAGUUGUUUUGUGUUUGUACACUAUCUAAAUAAAGUUUCUUU